AUGUGUCGACCGAUUGUGCUGCUGUGUCUCGCACUGACCUUAGUGACGAGUAUUGAAGGUCACGCAAGGACUUUCACACGCUGCCAGCUGUCCAGAGAACUGCUGCGAUACAACUUUCCAAGAGCUUUAAUAUCUAACUGGGUUUGUUUGAUUGAGCACGCAAGCGGAAGAACAACGGAAAAGGUUACUAAUCACAAUAAUUCCUACACCAGCUUCGGAUUGUUCCAAAUCAACAACAAGGAGUGGUGUAAGAAAGGCAGGAAAGGAGGUCACUGCAGUAUGAAGUGCGAAGACCUCCUGAACGAAGACCUCGCUGAUGACGUACGCUGUGCUAAGCGCAUCUACGACAGAGUUGGAUUUAAGGCCUGGCCUGCCUCUUACGCCUAUUGCAAAGAGAAGAGCCUCCCUGAUCUAUCGAGAUGUUAA